AUGGAACACUCCAUUAGUGAAUUAACACAUACACUUCGGAAAUGGGAAGAAGAGUUACAAUCUCCCAAUUUCGAUCCCACGCCAACAUUGCUCAAGUAAUCGAAAUCGUCAAAUUAUUAAAUACUAUUUAUUUAUCUAUUAGAAUGUUUUUUUUUUAAAUAUCUCGGUUUCUUAUGUAUGGAUUUUCAAAAUUGUUUUAAUGUUAUAAACAUUUAUGAGAUACCCUACCAUUGUGCUGUAAUGUCCUAUCAAGAUUUAACGUUUACACUGGCUUAAAAAUUGACUUAAAUUAAAAUUAAAAUAAGUAAUGAUUUUAUGUGACCCAUUCUAUUUUUGACUGGGCCUAUCGUUAUGUAUUAAAUAUACAAUUAAAUUGGUGUACAGAGUCUACCACCGUGUUGACACAUUUUUCUAGAGCUGUUAAUAUUAUAUUUGUUAAAAUUUUUUUUUUGUCAAUCUGUUUUUCUUUGAGGGGCACAUCGAUUUUGAAAACAAAUUUAAUUUAUUACAUUCAUAUCCAAUGAAUUAUAUCUUAUUUUUUUUACUUUUUUCUUAGUUUGUUCAAUUUAAUUUCUAGAAAAUAGGCCUGAAAACAAAUAAUAUUCAAUAAAAUAACACGUUGUGCAAUAAAGAAUCACAAUCAGCAAUAGAAGGUAAAGAAUUAUUUUUUACCUUCUAUUAAAUACGCGAUAGAAUAUUAAUUGUUUUCACAUCUAUUUUCUAGAAAUUAAAACGGCUAUAAUUAAGAAAUUAUUAGUCUGAUAUGAAUGUAUGAUACAUUCAAAUUUUAAGAAUGAUAUUUUCUACAAAUUUGCUAUUUUGAAAAUUGUACAAUGUGAGUAAAUAGUUACUUUUUUUUUUUUUAUCUUUAAAGGAUGAAAAUAAAAAUUUAGUUUUCUUCUAAAAAGAUGUCCCCUUCAAAGACAAACUAAUUGAAAAAAAAAUCUAAAAGAAUGUAAUAUUAAAAGUACUAGAAAAAUCUGUCAAACACGGUGGGACACACUGUAUAUCUAAAAGAGUUACGGUUUUAAUAUUUAAUCUAUAUAUAGUAUGAAUAUUUUCCAAAUAUCUAUUUAAUGUCAAAGCUCAUGUUUUUUAUGUGUUGAAUUUAUUACUACCCAUAAAUAUUCUUAGUAUGAUCUGCUAAAUUUAAAAAAAAAAAUUAGAUAGGUACCAUACUCUGCUAAUUGUUUUUUUUAAUUUCAAGUUUUCAAUCAUUCUAAUAAAUCUUUGUUAUUGUAACUAUUUACAGAUUAUGUGAACUAUUUGAAACCGAAUCAAAAAAUUAUCUUAAAAAAGAUCCAGACCCUUUUGAUAAUCGUCAUCCAUUACGGAUAGAUCCUACUUGUGUGCUUGGUCAGAUGUAUAAAAUUCUGUUUCGUAAGGAUGUGCUAAUGAAUAGUGUAAAUAUGUUAAUGUAAUUUAAGUUGAUAUUUUAUAUUAUAUUAUUUACGUUAAAUAUUUUUAGUUGGUUAUGGUUUACUUAAAAGAUAAUUAUUGGGCCAGGAGACCUAAAGACAAUCAUGAACUAAAUGUCACUGCGUGUAGGCUUAUGAUGAGUCUUAUUCCAGGCUUAGAGACUACUGUUGUUUUUGAAAGUGUAAGUAAAAUUUAAAUUUGUUAUGAUACUUCUUUAUAGUAAUAAUUAAAAUGAUUUGUUCAGCCUGCAAAUGAUGAACUUAUCCACCGGCUAUUCUUUUGGGCUCAAACAAAUUCUGAACCUCUACAAACAUAUGCUACAGGACUAUUAGCAACAAGUAUGGAAUUACCAGAUAUUGCGGCCAAUUUUAAGUAGGUUUUAUAAUCUAUUGUUGUAAAUAAUAUUAAAAUGUGUUUUCAAUUUUGUUUAGAGAAUAUAACAGUAGUCUUGUCCCACUAGUACUGGAUCGUUUACAAUCAUACUAUACUCAAAUUUUUGAAGAAAUUGAAAAUAUUCAACCAUUUUCACAUCCAAAUAAUGGUCGGACUAAUAAUGGUGAUGCUUCUAUCAAACGUUCUCCAAAUAAAAAAAGUAAUUUUUCAUACUUCAAAUUUAUUAUAGUAGAUAUUAUCUAUUAUAAAAAUCCUUAUUUGUUGUUUAUUAUGUUAGAUAUUUGAAUAAAUUAAUAUAUGUGCAGAGUAUAUAAAGAACACAUAUAUAGACAUAUACAUAUAUAUACUCUAUAACAUAUAUUUGCAUAAAAUAAUUUGGAAAUAUUAAUUAUUUAUUAAAAAUGUAAUACAUUUCUCACAAAAUGUUUCAUAUCUUAUGUUAAAUAUUAAUAAUAAUAAUAAUAAAAUAUCUAAUAACUCAUCAUUAUAAAUUGAUACUCUUUAUGGCUUCUUAGUGCGGAAAAAAUCAACAUAUACUCCAUAUACCAAUGAUGCAAUUGUUGAAAAGAGUUCUCAGAACUCAAAAAUGAGUAUUGAAGACUUACCUAAUGAAACAAGUAUAAUAAUUCUGUUUUAUUUUGAUUUAUUUUAUUUCUAUAAAGUAUUUAAUUUAAAUUUUUAGAAGAAAGCGGCAUUUGUGGGGAUAGUAAUUCAUCAUGGGUAACUGCUGACACUAUCACAAGUCACUGGGUACAAAUUUAUCCACUCACUUUAACUACAAAAAUAGUUUAUUGUCUUAAAUAUUUGGUUCCCAUUGGAGAGUAUCAAGAAGUAUGCAAUAUUUAUUUAAGUUUAAUAUUAUCUAUAAUAUAAUUGUUCAAUAUAAAUUUGUUGUGUCUAGUUUUUGUGUCAUGCGUAUGAGAAAAAUUCUCUUUACUUGGUUAUGAAAAUAAUCAGCACAUCAGACAAGCAAAAUGGUUAUUUGACUUUUGAAGCACUUAAAUACUUAGCAUCUCUCUUAUGUCAUAAGAAAAUUGCCACUGAAUUUGUUUGCAUAUCAGGAUUACAGGUAUUAUAUUUAUUAUUUAGCAUUUUAUGAUAUGCAUGGUAAUUUUAGACAAUUUUAAUUGACACCAAUAUUUGUUUCUAAAUUAAAGAAAUAUUCUGUCCAUGUUAUAGUGCUAAGGUGUAUUGUGAACUAUAUGAGUAUUUGUAUUCUCAAAAUUGAUGUGCUUAAAAUUAUAAUUUCUACAUAACUUGACUUAUAAUGCAGUAUAAACCUAACCUUAUUUUCUAUGUUUCCAUAAAAUGCAUGUAUGUUAAGGAAGCAAGCAAAUUUAAAAUAUAUAAUAAUUUUUUGCAUUUUAUCUAAUGAUGUUUUAGUGAUUAUUUUUUAAUUAUUUCUAAAUAACUUUUUUUCAUAAUAUUUUACUUUUAUUUUUAGAAAAUACUUACAAUUCCCAGACCUAGUAUACCAUCCACUGGUGUUUCAAUUUGCUUCUAUUAUUUGUCAUAUUGUGAAGAAGCAAUGGAAAGAAUUUGCCUGCUACCAGAUCAUAUCCUUAUUGAUCUUGUAAAGUGUGUAACAAAAUGUUUUAAAGCUAUAAUUGAUAAUUGAAAAUAAACUUUUUGUAAUAAAUAUAAAUUCAACCAUUAGGUAUGCUCUUUGGAUGUUGGAGUGUUCUCAUGAUUCAAGUAGAUGUCAUGCCACUAUGUUCUUUAGUUACAGUUUUCAUUAUAGGGUUAUUCAGGAAAUAUUUGAUAGCCACGACGGAUUACGUAAACUCAUUAAUGUGGUAAUGUCCAUAAAAUAGUUAUUACAAAUUCAGUAACAUUUUAAACUUUAAAUAUGUUAAUUUAUACAGAUCAGUACAUUGCCUCUUUUAUCAUCAGAAGAUUCAGAGUACAGUCAAUUAAAUGAAGAUGCUGAAUGUUCUGCCAGACAAACUAUUCGUCAUGUGUGCGCUGGUUUGAAACAUUAUUUCGAGGCACAUUUACACAUAAAAGCUCAAAUAAUACGUAGAACGAAAAUUAGAGAUUCUGGUCUGACUUCAUCAUUUAAUAAUAUUUUCCCUGUACCAGGCUAUAAAGUAUGUUAUUUAAAAAUAAUAUUUUGAGUGUGUAAUAUUUAUCAUAUAUCAUUAUUUUUGUAGUCAAAUAAAAAGUCUCAGACUGAAGUUUAUGAAGAAAUUGAGUUGGUGUCAAAUGAAAUGUCAUUGAAGAGUCAUUGGUCCCCCGUUGAUAAAUUUAUAAAAUUAGGUGGUUUAAAUAUAAUGUUGCAGAUUAUUAGUAUGGCCCAUGAUUGGAAUAUUGCUGGAAGGUAAUAAUAAAUUAUAUUAUUUGUUUUUUUUUUUUUAAUAUAUAUAUAUAACAUUUUUUAUUUAAGGUGUGAAAUGAUCAGAAACGCUCUUGAAGUAAUAAACAUUUGUGCAGUGUUACCAAGAGUUCAGUUGGCGUUAUGUGAACCUGCGCCUAAAAUUCCAGGUGGUUCUCAAAAUGAUGAAUCUAUAGUGGAAGAAGACCCUCAAUCUGAAUAUGAUAUUGUAGGUUUAAAUAUUAUAUUAAAAGCCGCUGAUGGAGAUCUUUUGGAUGCUGAUAUACAAAAAGCAGCACUUUGUGCCAUUAUAACCUGCGUUUGUGCUCCAAUACAUAGGGUGUGUAUUUUUAUUUUCGUUACAAUGAAAUUAAUUAUUAAUGUAGUUACAACCAGUAAAUGUUUAUUUGAGAGUUGAAUUAUGAAUACAAAUAAUUCCCAUAUCUCAAUGUUAUGCCAUAAAAAAUAUAAUUUGUCUAGUUCAGAGGGUCUUUAACAAAUUAUGUGCCACCCAUGCUAAAACUAAAUUAUACAUUAUUCUUACACUUAUAACCAGUAAGUAUUCGCGUGCCUUAUUUUGUUAUAGUUACUGUGUGGAGUGUGAAAUUUCCAAUAAUAAUUAUUCAUCUUUAUUUCAUUUUAUAUAGCACUGUUAACAUAAUUAAGUGAUUAAGUACUAAAAUAUAAAUAAUUCGCAUGACAAAACAAUCAUCAGUUGAAUAUCCUAGUUUUCAUUUCCGUGUGCAUCUAAAUAAAAUUAUUUCUUUUUCUAUUAGUUUCAUCCAUAAUAUCCAAAUAGGGUAAUUUUAUAUCUAAAAAUAACCUUCGACAAUAUUUCCCAACAAAAAUAACCCGGUAGAUUAUUUACCUUGCAUAUAAGUGUUAAAGAGUAAAUAAAAUAAAUUCAUACAAUAUCAUUUUUCUUAUCUUAUUAUUGUUCAUUUUAUUGAAUUACCAGUUUGACAAAUAGAUAGGUACCAACAUGGGUUUAUUUAAUAAAAAUAAAUUACAUUCACCGGGGAUCCUUUACUUUAGGUCAGUAUUUCAGCCAAAUCAAAUUAAUUUACUGAAAAGAUCUGUCAAGUAAUUUUCAAAAAUCAUAAAGGGUCUUUUUCAAAACUCAAGACCAUUGAUCUAGACUUAAUUUUGAUGAUCUUUUACCAGUCCACACUAGAGUAAAUUACUGGCAUUUUUUUAGUUAGAACAUGUCACUAUUUGAAAAAUUAAACGUACAAAUAUUAAGCAUUCCGCUGUAACACAAAACAAGUCAAGUAUAUUGCUUUAGUGAGGACAGAACUUAAUAUGAGCAUAACAUUUUAAAUUGUUUAUUUAUGGCACUCUAGAAAAUCAAAUUUCUUCAUUAACAAUUUUUCAAUGUGUUCUAUUUUUAAAUAUAACUUAUAUACUAAGUAAUAAUUAUUCUUAGGUUCCAAUAUUGAACAACUCCUAUAUUAUAAUCAAUAUAUACUAUAUAGAUCCUAUCAGUUUGUUAGUUUUCCGUUUAUAAUGGCUUUUGUAAGUAAGGGAUUUGUAUAAAAUUCUGGUAUUUAAAUUUUAUACUUUAGUCAUUAUUUUAGUUUAUGAGCAGAGCAUGGAAUAUAUUAGUUUUACAAUGAUGUUUAUUUUUUAUAUUUAUAUAUAAUAUACUGUAAAAAAAAUUCUACUAGAAAUCUUGCUUCUAUGUAUCAAGUAAAUCACUUUUUUUGAAAUGGAAUUUUCCUGGGGUUGUUCUUUAGUGUGGUUAUUUUAUAAUUUUUUCUAGGGAGUUUUCAUAAUAAAUAUUUUUACAAAAAUGCUUGACAAUUUAACAGGAAGUAUAUUAUAAGUUAUACAUACUAGUUAAUAAAAAUUAGUUUGGUUUAAUGUAAUUUUUAUUUUUACAUAUAGAAUUUAAAUAUAAAAUUUUUACGAAAGUCUUAAAUAUUACAGCCUUUUAAACAUAAAUAACUGAACUUUGCUCAGUAUUUUAGGAUUAAUCAUUGUCAAUGAAAUACCAUUCUCAGUGAAGUUUGGUUAUUCAUAUUUUGAAAAACAUUAAAUCCCUUACCACGCUCAGAAAUCGAAAACAAAACAAAAUGAAUACUGAUACUGUUUAUGGGUAUGGCAAUAUUUUAGUACAUAAGUCAGAUGUAACCAAGAUUAUACAACCAGAUCAAAUAUUCUACAAGAAAGUUCCCAUAAAGUUUAUAAUUAGAUCUAAACUCUCAGCAAGAAAGUUGUUUUCAGACAAAAAAAAAAAAAAAAAAAAAAAAGAUUGUCAACUAAUAGAGAGGCUAUUUUUCUGAAACUAAUAUCUUUUAAAAUAAUAUAGGAAGGAGGAAUUAUAGCAUACUAUUCAGCACAUGGAUCAGCUAAAAAGCGACCUAAUAAAACAAACGAUGAUGUAAUUAUUGAAAAAAUUUGGGAUUGUAUAAGAAAUAAUAAUGGAAUUAUGGUAAGCUUUAGUUGAAUAUAUUUCAAUCUUUAUUAUUUCUUAAAUUGUGUGAAUAGUUUUCAUAUGUUAUUAUGUUUGAUCUAUGUACCUAAUAAAAUAUUUUAUAAUCACUAUCUUUUUUAAUUUUUUUAACUCAGGUUUUAUUAACAUUAAUGACAAUUAAAACACCAAUUACCGAUGUUGAUGCUA